AACCUCUGUGUUUCACUCACAAACAACGAGCACAAAAAAAAACCAAACAAAAAAACAAUCUAUAUUCUUUGCGAACCUUUACUGACCGUUUUGUUGUUUUGCUGUCGUUGGCUAUUUUUCACAAGUACGUGCAAGUGCCAGUGCAGAAAUUAAACUCCUCCUGCGGGUGAAGCAAAUAAUCGGAUCGCUGGAUGGUUUUUUUUUUCACUCCCUUCCAUUGCACUCCAUUUUUCCUUUCGUCCAGUCUUCGACUGCUAACCUCCGGCAGGGCCGGACCCGUCGGUAGAACCAUGGCGCUUGUCUCUGCUAGCGUAUUGGUAGUGUAUUGGUGACAGGCGCGACUCCACUUGGGUAGUCGCGCGCGGUGGCGCUAGACUGUCGGCCCGCUAUUUAUUACGCUCGCGAUAAUCGUUGAUCCCAGCAUACGAGGCUGGGGUGUACCGUGGCUCAACAAACGUAAACACAGCACAAUCAUGGGCAAUGCCUGAAGCCUGACCGAGGGCCGAGAAAACCGCCAGAUUGUGAAGACGACGACGAAGACGACGAACCGAACGUGAUUGGCAGCAGCGGAAAAGUCAUCAAACGGGCGCGAUUCACCAAACAAAACCGUUUGCGUACCGCAAACGAAACACAACAAAACGGCACAACCAUAACUUCUCGCACACAGACACACACACACAGGGAGAGAGCGGGAGUACAGAGGUUGGGUGUAACCGGCCACCGAGAACGGUGCUGCGUUGUUGCAAAUAAUCAAACGUGUACGCGACUCUUCCGGCAGCUUCUUCGACCGAUCAGCUGCCGAUCAGCUGUAAGUGUCUCUAGUCGAAGGUGCGAGAGUUGAACAAAACAGAACAUUGGUAGUACAUUCAGGCUGCCCGGUUGGAGUGGAACUGUUGGAGAUCCAGGAAUUCUGAACUUGUACUCACCAAAUCUGUGCAAAAGUACCAGUGUUCAAGUGUAAUCGAUCCAGUGUAUCCUAGCAAAACCAAACCAUUUUAGACAGUGAUAGUGUACGCCAUCUUCAACCGUAAGGUGGAAAGGCAAGUGUCAGUGUUGAGGAUUCCUUCCGAAUUUCCGCCUCCUGACAGCGAUCUCCGGCUGGUAAUCAUCGACCGGCAGCGAUGGCCACGCUGCUGUACACGAUCAUCGGCAUGACGGCUUCGGCCUCGCUGAACUGUGCGGUACGGCGUGAAAUAUCGCCCUGCACCUGUUCGCCGGGUCUGUUCGCCAACAAUAUCGACGUGAAGUGCGAACAGAUGGAAUCGUUCGGGCAGGUUGUUAACGCGCUCCAGGAUCGGUUCACCGAGGAUCACAACAUCUGGCUGACGAUUUCGCACUCGCAGCUGCUCGAUCUGGCCGCACUGUCGUUUUGGGAGAUGAACAUGAACAUCAAAUCGCUCCGGAUAAACUUUGACAAUCUGAGUCAUCUACCGGUAUCAUCGUUCCGUAACUUACCCCGGUUGGAUCUGUUCAGUGCGGCGGACAAUCUGCUCGAGGAGAUACCACCGGACAUGUUCGAACAGAUGCCUAAUCUUGGUACGCUUGAUCUAGCGCGCAGCCGCAUCCGCUACAUCUCGAGCGAUACCUUCCAGCAUCUGCAGAACCUACGCCAUCUGGUGGUGGGCAACAAUCAACUGCAACGCAUCGAUACGGAUGCCCUUCCGAAGACGAUCCACUCGCUCCAGCUCAGCUUGAAUCAGCUGCGCUCGCUGAACGGUAGCAUACGGCACCUGGACGAGCUAAAGUGGCUGUUCAUCAACGAAAACAAUCUCACCACGCUGGCCGGUGAGUUGCCGCUCGGUUCGCCCAACCUGGUCAUGAUCACGGCCCAAAACAAUCAGCUCGAGCAACUGCCAGCCGAGUUACGGUUUUUGAAGAAUCUGGACAACCUGUGCGUUCCCGGCAAUCGGUUGCGCUCGCUGGACGGACUGCUGGCACGUGCCACCCAUCUGACGAAGCUGCUCGCCCAGGACAACCAGAUCAGUGAACUGCGCCGGGACGAGUUCAUGGAAGCGGAACGACUCGAGGAGCUCAAUCUCGCCGGCAACUGGUUAACACAUCUGAACGGAUCGCUGCUCAACUGCAAGGGACUGAUCAAUGCCAACUUUAGCGAGAACCGUCUGCAGGAGUUUUCACUGAAAGAGGUGGCCGGUUUGCGGAAGCUACGGUUACUCGAUCUGUCCCACAACCGGAUCGAGGUGCUGAGCGGUCGGAUGGAAAAUAUGAUCGACUCGGGACUUAUCAUUUCUGAGCUGCGGCUCAAUAACAAUCGGCUACGAUCGCUGGACGGUGCACUGAUGGGGUUGAACAAUCUGCGCAUUCUGAACGUGGCACACAACGAGCUGCAGACGAUCACACCGAACGAUCUGAUCGGUAUGGAGGAGCUAGAACGGCUCGAUCUGUCAUUCAACCAGCUCAAGACGCUGGAGGAACUGUCCAAGACGUUCCUGCCCUCACUGGAGUCGUUGAAUGCGUCCUACAAUCAGCUGACGACGAUGCACAAGGACUUCCACGGACUGCCUAUUCUGUGUGUGGCCGAUCUUUCGAAGAAUAUGAUCCGAGAGCUCUCAGUCGAUCUCGUAUCGAACACACGCUGCAGCAAUCAUGGCGUUCCGAAUCGGUUGGAGAUCUUCCUCGAUGAAAAUCCUGUACUCUGCAACGAAUCCCUACCGGAGCUGAUCAAUCAGAUGGAGUUCUAUCACACACGUCUAAACGGUGUAGCGCACUGUAUCGUACCACAGCAGAUGCCAGUAGAGACACCGAUCUUCAUCCAACCACCGAUCGCUAUGCUGCAGCCGCUGCUCAAACCUCAAGCUCCGCUCGUACCUUCGAAUGUCAUGAUCCAACCGCCCUCGAUCGUACAGAUACUCGUCCCUUCGACACUUGUCAUGCCAGCCGCCGCCGUAGCACCACCUCAACCACCACCACCACAACUACCGUCAGCCUCGGCUGCGCUUUCCGUUACUGGCCCGAUCACGCCGAUCCUUCCCGCCGGUGUACCACUCGCCCUUGCCACCGUCGCACCGAUACCGAUCCUGUACGAAACUUCCACAAACGCACCGGUUCCUCCACCACCAGGCUUCCACUCACCGAUCGGUUCGUCCAGUAUCGUUAACGCGGGAGUUUCUCCUUCUACCAGUGGUCCUUCACUUCCGAACAGCAUCCCACAGACGCAUCUGCCGGAUCUACCCGCGAACGACGAUGACGAGUUGGACGAUGAACCGGGCGUCAGUGUACUGACCAUCCCGCAGCAACAACCGUACGAUGAGCUGAAGUACGAAACCGCUCCAGCACAGGAGGAACCACACGGGCACCAUUCUGGAGUGGCCGGUUCCGAACCGGGACAUACGAUCCAGGACGAUAACAACGAUAUUGCUCGUUCGGCAAUCGGUACGCAUGGUAACUCCGAGGAUGGUACGAUCAUCCCCAGCACAACAACCACAACGACCAUGCAGACAAUUUUGGAAUUCAAAAACCUCAUCCACGAUGGCAGCUACGGUGCGUCGGCGUCUUCUUCGUCCGCCAUAUUGGUACUGCCACCGGAGGUCUUACCGUUGCCGCUCGACAAAGCACAAGGGUUAGCGACGGAACCGGAAGAGGAACCACCGGAAACGCAACAGGACCAGCACGUAGAGUUGGAAAGUGAUUUGCAGUGAAACGAUCACCAUUGAAGGUUGAGACAAUCUCGCCGAUUUUUUUCUUCUCCUCUUUCGGACAAACCCCAGACCGAUGCAAGAAGCGAAGAGUUAGAAGCAACACGACGUAUCGUCACGUGUCUGGCUAAGCGAGCGCGUGCUCUUCGGUGAUGGUUUUGUUUUGUAUUGGUUUUUUGUUUGUUUGUUUUCGUGUUAAGCAGAAGAAGCUUAGAGGGCAAUUUAGGGCCAGGGCUGUUUAGCUUAGAACGCUAAUGACUGAAAGAUUUCUGGGCAGAUGAGACGGAACAGCACAUUUUGGGACACCGUACAGAGCGGUCCUCACAGAUAAGGAGGAGCCAUUGAGCGGGAUUGAUCAGGAUGAAAAUUGGGACAAACCAUAAAAAAAAGCAUCCACAAAUCGCGUCUCGUAAAAUUGACUAAAAAUGCAGUAGUACCACACUCCAGUUUUUAUUUUCUCGAUUCGUUGCGAUUCUAAGCUGGAGUAUACUUCGUAAGGAAAUAUUUUUUCUUUUCCUUUGUUAGUGGUUUUUUUUCGUGUUUGUUUGUUUUUUUGGCGUCCAAUUAUACCGCACGCAAGGCAAUUUUAAAUUAUUCAUAAUGCCAUUCAUCACGAAUCCCAAGAAUCCUUUGUUAGGUAAAUGUGUGAUUGUGAGGUUAAGUGUUUCAGUAUGUGCGGAUGAGUGAUUGCUAGUAAAUGCUUGUGUGUGUGUGUGUGUGUGUGUGACUGUAUGUGUGAUUGUUUGUAUGAAUAUAAUAAUCAGUAUCGCGAUGGAAAUUAAAACAGCCAAAAUCAUAUAACAGCUUUGAUCAUAUAAAGCUGAAUGUUUACCUUCAUGUAACGAAAAAGAAAGAGAGUUCGAGAGUGGAAAAAAGAGAGAGAGAGAGAGAGAGAGAGAGAGAGAAAAGUAACGCAGUAUGGCUGUGUUGAUUGUGGAAUUCUAUCUCUAUUCCCAUACGCGAUUUUGUUUGACGUGCCAUUUGAAUGCAUAUAUAUAAAUAUAUACAUAUUCUGCUUGCCAUGUAAGACGCAUAAUAGUUAGUUAACAAUAAUAUUCCUUUUGUUUAGUUUUAGCCACUUUUUUUCUUCGCUUUCUUCUUUAAGAUUUGGCUUACAUUUUGUGUUUUUGUUUGUUUGUUUAUUUGUUUACCAUAAAACAUUGGAUCGGUUGACUUAAAAUAGGCUUUGGUUUAGUUGAAGUCAGACAGAGAGAAUAAAAAAACAGAUUAGGAAGAAACUUUGACGAAAUAAUAAGAAACAGUGAAUGACAAAGCAAACGUUAUACAAAAGAUAUAACACGAAACACUAAAACAAGCAAAACAUAAAACCGGCAAUGAGAAAACGUAAAGAUGAACAAUGGCAGCCCCAGUUUGAGCAAUUGCAACUAAUAAUCAUCAUUUUACUGUUAAAUGAUAUUUCUAAAAGUAACGGUAUCUAGUAGUAGAAUAUUAAUGAGUUUAAUAUAAUAAUAAUUAUUACUAUUAUGGCCAGCACGCAGCACUAUACGGUAGUACUGUGAAACAGAAGAACGUUACAGAAUGAAACAAAAAAAAACACACGAAACCAACCUAAUAUACGACGAUACGAAGGCGCAACAAA